GCGGUGGGCGGAGCGGCCAGGAUGAGCGGCGGAGGCGCCGAGACCCCGGGGGAUGGUGAGGCCGCGACCGGCGGCGGCGGCGUCAAGAAGAGGGAUUCCGUGGGGAUCCCAGGCUCGCCAGCGCACCUCAUUAUCAAGGACCCCGAUGUCUGUUUUAUUGCAGUGCAAGCAGUUAAUCACUCAGUCUAUAGACUUCAACAGAUGGAGCAGGAACAAAGAAAGAUUCGUAAUGAGCAUAUACCAGCCAGUGAAAAGCAGCGUGUAACCCAGUGGGAGGCUUUCAUGAGAGAACAACAUAACAAGCAGGCGGGCGUGGAUGAGAAACAUAGAAAAGCCAUGGAGAGGCUUAAAGAACAAUAUGCUGAGAUGGAGAAGGACCUAGCCAAAUAUUCCACCUUUUAAGAACUUGAAGCUCAGUGAUAAAAAGCUCCUGAGAAAAUAUUGACUGUCCUUCCCCUCACUGCAAAAAUUAUUCUCACCAAACCAUUUAGCCUCUAUUCAAGCUUAGCAAUGUAUUCAAUGGCAGUCUUAUAUCAAAAGAAAGAAAGACCUUCAGGAGUUCUGAUGAAAUAUUUUAUAGAAGAAGAAGGAUAUAUCUUUUAUUUUUAAGUGCUUACAUGUGGUUACCUAAACAGGCAGUAAGAGGAGGAAAAACAGGAUAAAUUAACUCUGUUCAUCAGAAUUGGUCUUCAAUGACUAGGUCAGAGAAUUGUAAGUAUAGAUGUCUUAGGAAAAUAAUUUAAAACAGAAUUAAUAAAAAGUUUAUUAUUGUGGCUUAAAAGAGGUCUGCCAUAGCUCCCCAGGGUAUAGGAAAAAAGUAUGAAGGGUAUUCAAUAAGUAAUAUAGACAAAAACAGCUGUCAUUGGAGCAGUUAAUAUUUAAGGAAAAUGAGAAUCAUAGCAUUACCAUGGCAAGGUAGCCCUGCGGGUCUUUGAAGUGGCGACUGGAA